AUGAAGUUCCAAAUGCCGCGCCCAUCAGGCGGAAGCCUAGGACGCACGAAGAACUACCUGCAUUUCACUCAGGCCUUCAUUAUCUUCAUUGCGUGGGCACUUACUAUCGCAAUCUGGACUAAGGGCGAUGGUAUCGACGGGCGCACGGGGUGGUAUUGGGCGCUGUGUUGGCUCAGUAUCCCCGGCCUUGUCUACCUAGUCGCGGUUCCGAUGUGGCCGCGCGCCCGCCGCUUCGGAAACGUUUACGCCUUUGCCUGUGUCGAUGUCCUCUACGCUAUUCUCUGGGCUAGUGCUUGGAUUUGUGUUGCGUCCUAUGUUGCUGUUGGCAAGUCGAAGGGAUCGUCUUCAUCUGAUAGCAGCAGCAAGGAUUCAAAGUCCACAACGAAGAGGGCUACCGAUACUGACAAGAGUUCUUCCAAGUCUGGCUGUGAUAACUGGGCUUACGGAUCCGCUGCUAAGUGUAAGCUGAGCGAAGCGACCACCAUUAUCGGUGUUUUUAUCUUUAUCCUAUUCGCAAUCACCGCGUGGAUGUCCUUCCGCAACGUCAUGCACUUCCGCCGCACAGGAACCCUCCCGGACGCAGUCUCAGACCCAACUUUCGCAGCCCAGAGCAAGGCUGCCUUCUCCUCGAACCCAGCCCACGACUUCGAAGAAGACGAGGAUGACUUCCGCUCUGGUCGGGGUGGUGGCGUGGCUGCCUCCUCCCGCGGUGAUCAGGAUGAGGAUUAUGCCCUGCUCCAGCAGAGCGAGGUCGACGACCUGGGCAACGCACACGGCCGGUCCGCGAUGCAAGGCUCAUAUGACCCCACGGCUCCGGCGCCUGGCGGCGUUCUACAUGAUUACAACGCGAGCACUGGCUAUGGUGGCGCUCAUGGACAGCACUACACAGCACCCGGUGAUCAGUUUGCGCCCACUGAGUUCGGAGGCUCGACUGAAUACGGCGGAUCCUCUCUUGGCUAUGGCGGCUCUUCUGUCAGUGGGUAUGGGCGUUGA